GCCCGACCCGCCACCCGCCGCCGCCCAGGGCCCGAGUCCGCGCGGUCUGCACCGAGCCCGGCGGUGCCGCGUAGCGCAGCGGCAGCGGAGCGGGAGCCCGACGGCGCGGCCGCAAGGUCACCGCGCGCCAUGGAGGCCAAGGUCCGCCAGAGCCGGCGCUCACGCGCGCAGCGGGACCGCGGCCGGCGCCGGGAGGCGGCCCGCGACGCCCGCGACCAGAGCGCGUCGUCGGGUGACGAGCCCGAGCCCGGCCCCGGCAAGGAGAACACGGGCCUGCCCCGCGCGCCCCCGCCCCGCGCCGCCGCCGCCGCGCGCCCCCCGCGCCGCCGCCGCCGCGAGUCUAGCUCGCAGGAGGAGGAGGUCAUCGACGGCUUCGCCAUCGCCAGCUUCAGCACGCUGGAGGCCUUGGAGAAAGACAUGGCCCUGAAGCCACAUGAGCGGAAGGAGAAAUGGGAACGUCGCCUCGUCAAGAAGCCCCGUGAGUCAGAAAACUGCCCAUCUGCAGAGCCAAGUGAGAAUGGGCGACCCCUGGAGGCGGGCAGCCCUGAGCAGGACCUGGAGCCCACCUGCGACCCAGGGAAGAAAAAGGUCCCGCUGCAGCCUGCCAAGCAGAUGAAGGUCACAGUGUCCAGAGGGGGCGACCACAACAGUGAUGGCGACAGCUUCCGAGAAGCCACCAGCUCCCGGAGGAGCAGUUCUCGGGACCAGCUCAGUGACAGCUCGGCGCAGGCGGUCUCAGGCAGAGGUUACUCCUGCGACAGCGAGAGUGACGCGGAUGACAAGGCGUCUGUGGGCUCCGAGAAGCUCUUUGCCCCGGCAGCUGAUAAAGGCCCCACACUGGGCGACAAGUCCGAGGCCAAGGCUGGGGCAGCACCCAAGGUCUCAGGCCUGGAGCGCAGCCGUGAGCUGAGCACCGAGCCGCCCUUCCUGCCCCCCGUGCACAGCCCCGCGCCCGCCCUGCCCUCCGCCGGUCCGGAGCCCGGUGCCCCAGCCAGCCUGCUGGUCAAGAAGGAAGCCCCGGCUCUGCCCCGCCUCGCCCUGCAGCCGCCCCCUGCGCCUCCGCAGCCCCGGGCCGCGCUCCCAACGCACGUGCCUCUCCCCGCGGGCGCCUUCCCAGGCCACGGCCACGGCCACAGCCACGGCGCGCACAACAGCCUGCACAGCCUCAGCAGGAGCAGCAGCGCCAGCAGCGGCGCCAGCCUGGGGCUCGCGAAGCACGCGUCCCUGUCGCCUCACGGGCCAGGCCCCCACCUCUCUACCUCACACUUGGCGCUCCGCUCGCAGGCCCAGCACCAGCACCACGCGGCGGCCAUGUUCGCCGCCCCCCCGACACUGCCCCCGCCCCCGGCGCUGCCGGCCAACAGCCUGGUCAUCCCAGGACACCCUGCCGAUGCCAGCCUGUUGAUCUCAUUCAGCCAGCCAAUCAUGUAUUGCCAGCCUCAUUCGGGGAUUCUGAUUGAUCACGAGCUGCUCAGGCAAGAGCUGAACGCGCGUUUUCUGGUCCAGAGCGCCCCCCUGGGCCCGGGAGCUCUGCUGCGGGCGGAGUUCCACCAGCACCAACACACACACCAGCACACACACCAGCACCAACACACAUUCGCCCCCUUCCCUGCCGGGCCACCCCCGACGCCGCUCCUGCCGCCCGCCGCACCCCCGCCGUUUGACAAGUACACGCCCAAGCUGGACAGCGCCUACUUCCGACAUUCCAAUUUUUGCCCGCCCUUCCCUCCAGCCGUCCCCGGACUGCCCGCCCUGCUCCCGCACCCAGGUCCCUUUGGAUCCCUGCAGGGUGCUUUUCAGCCCAAGACUUCAAACCCACUCGAGGUAACAGGCCGGGCCAGUGCUGUUCACACCCUCCUGCAGAAAGCCCCCGGGGUGUCCAACCCGUACCGGACAGCAGUCAGGGAGUCUCGGGGUGAUACAGCGGGCCAGAGCAAGGAGGUCCUGGCCUCCCAGCUGAGCCUGUCGCCCACCCCGUGGCAGAAACCUGGGAAGUGGUGUGCGGUGCACGUGCAGAUUGCCUGGCAGAUCUACCACCAUCAGCAGAAGAUAAAGCUGCAGCUGGACCCCCACAAGCUGGACGUGGGCACCAAGCUGGACUUGUUCGGCAGACCCCCCGCCCCAGGAGUGUUCGCUGGAUUCCACUACCCGCAGGACCUGGCCCGGCCCCUCUUCUCCAGCUCCGGUGCCUCCCAUCCCCCCACCAACCCAUUCGGACCCUCAGCCCAUCCUGGCAGCUUCCUACCCACUGGUCACUUGGCAGACCCUUUCAGCAGAUCAAGCACCUUUGGGGGCCUGGGGAGCCUGGGCAGCAACGCCUUCGGAGGCCUGGGCAGCCACACGCUGACUCCUGGCGGCAGCAUCUUUGCCCCCAAGGAGGGCCCCACACUGCACGGCCUGCCCAGCCCACAUGAGGCCUGGAACCGGCUGCACCGGGCACCACCCUCCUUCCCCACGCCACCCCCGUGGCCCAAGCCCACAGACGCCGAGCGGGUCUCAGCCCUGACCAACCACGACCGAGAGCCGGACAAGGGCAAGGAGGAGCAGGAGCGGGACCUCCUGGAGAAGACACGCCUGCUGAGUCGGGCCUCGCCGGUAGCCCCGGUGGGCCACCCCAGCAGCAGCCUUUUGCUUCGCGGCCAGGGCGAUCCAGGCCGGCCCGGGGUCCCCGCCGAGCGCGAGGCCGAGCUCCGCGUCAAGGAGAGCCGCUCCCCAGUCAAGGAGGAUGGCGCCAAGCUGGCCGCGCGCCUGCCAUCACCCCAAAGCAAGGCAGCCCUGGGGGACAGUCUGCGCCUGGCCGGCUUCCUGGGCCGCGAGCCCGGGAAGCCGCCGGAGGCGUCGGCCGAGCGGCCCCCGAGCGACGUGAAGGUCAAGGAGGAGCGCGGGGAAGACGGAGAUGCGCCUCCGCAGCUCGGCCCGGGCCCUGCGGGCCGCGAGCGCCUGGGCUUCGCGUGGGAGCCGCUGCGGGACGCCUACCGCGGCCUGGAGCUGCCCCGCCGCGCCCUGCCCAGCCCGGGCCCCGCCGCCCUCCUCGAGCCGGCCGAGCGCCCCUACCGCGACCGCGAGCCGCACGACUACAGCCCCGAGCGCCUGCGGGAGGCGCGCCGCGAGGAGCUGGAGCGCGCGCGGGCCGCGCACCUGGGCGCCUCCCCGCACCUGGGCGCCGCCUCCCCGCACCUGCCCGCUGGCUCCGCUCUGGACGGCGUGGCGCUCCUGCCCGCGCUGGGCGCCCUGCACUACCCGCGCCUCGCGCCCGCCGCCGCGCUGCACGGAGGGCUCCUGACGCGGACCCCGCCUGCUGCCGCCGCCGCUGCCGCACUGGGCGCGCCGCCCCCGCUGGUGACUGCGGGCGGGCCCCCCACCCCGCCGGGGCCGCCGCGCAGCAGGACUACGCCGCUCGGGGCCCGCGCGCCCGGGGAGGCGCGCGACUACUCCCCGUCCCGCAACCCGCAGGAGGUGGAGGCGCGGUAGUCGCCGCGCGGUCGCGCCCGCCCCGUGUACAGACGCCCCUUCGCCAACGCACUGCUGUCAACUUUUCUAAAUGUACCUUUCUAGAACUAAAGCACAGUUCCAUCGGUCCUGGGGCGACGCUCGCCUUUCCACUCGAGCCUGUGGAGUCGGGGAUUUCAUACACAGCUUUUCUGGGGUGAUCUUUUGUUUUUCGAGCUUGAGAUUAGGCUACUGGAAAAAAAAAUUAAAGUUUGUACCUUUUUUUCCCAAGGGUGAGAAGCAUUUUUAAUAGAUUUGUAUUUUUUUCAAUUUUGUGCUAUUUAGACAUGGAAAAGAAACAAAACAGAAUUUUGCUUUUUUUAGUUUGGAUUUGCGAUGUAAUGGCCUCAGAUCCCUCUCCAGAGCCCUAGGGGUUUUUUGUCUUAUUUAUAGAGAAAAAAACGGUCAUUUUGUCCAACGCACUGUGAGGACCCCACUCAGGCCCGGCCCUGGCCCUCCCUUGGUACUUGGAACCGAAGUUACAGAAAAUUAAUAAUGUACAAACUUUUUUUGCCUUUUUAUGCAGACGUGUAAAGGGGUUUCUUUUUCAGUUUGUUUUUUUUUUUUUAAGUGUAAAUAGUCUUAAUAUAAAUAUAUGACGUUAUUAAAUUCUUAAUCUAGGUAGACUUUAUAAAAGCAGUUUCUAGAAACUCCUCUGGUUAUUUGCUCAACAUGGUCACAAAAGCCGCCGGCUGUCCGUUGGGAAUGCCCUCAGACGUGCACCUGCAACGUCCUUCAACUAUGCAAGCGCUGGGCGGCGGGCACCUGCCCCUCGUGCUGACUGCGGCAACCCGGAACCGACACCAGAUGGGUGGAACCCUGGAAGCAAAGAGGCUAAAAAGGCUAAUCACGAAAGGACACCUGUUCUCCACGGAGGCCAGCGGAAGACGUCUGUCUCACGUGCUCCCACCAGCCGGGGCCUCAGCACAAUGUCCUUUUGGUUUCAGUUUUGCUCUCAUCACCUUGUGAAUGUCACCGGGCCCCGUUGUCAGUGUCCCUCGUUUCCCGAUGUCUACACCUGUGUCCUCGGCAUCUGAGCCUCAGUUCAGCCAGCUGCACCUGUUUGCUUUGCUCGAUUCUGUAUUUUCAACCCCGUUUCCACUGUCAACUCCAGUUACUUUAAGCAUCCUGUUCACCCGUCAACCGAUGAAGAUAAAUACAGCCUUGAUUUUGGAGGAAAA